AUGGGAGUAGGUUCGGAGUUAAGAUUGCGCAAUGCAGAUGAGCUUCUUGGUCUGUGGCCAGGGACAAGAACAUCAUUGUUAACAACACUUUUUCGUGUUCAUUUUAUGGCGGCAGAGGUGGCGUUGUUAUUUUCUGUGGCAUCAGUGGUGGAGGACGUGCUUCAGCAGCACGGUCCUCGCCUCAAAGAUCUUGAUUUGGAGUCGAGGAAAGCAGAAGAAGCUGCAUCCAGAAGAUAUGAGGCAGCGGGGUGGUUGAGAAAAAUGGUUGGGGUUGUUGCGGCUAGGGAUUUACCAGCAGAGCCCUCUGAGGAAGAGUUUAGGCUUGGUUUGAGAAGUGGGAUUAUUCUCUGUAAUGUUAUUAAUAAAGUUCAAUCCGGAGCUGUUCCCAAGGUUGUGGAGAGUCCUGUUGAUUCUGCAUCGAUCCCUGAUGGGGCACCAUUAACGGCAUAUCAAUAUUUUGAAAAUGUGAGGAAUUUCCUGGUGGCUGUCCAAGAAAUUGGACUUCCUACCUUUGAGGCAUCUGAUCUGGAACAAGGAGGAAAAUCGUCUAGGAUUGUCAAUUGCGUGUUGGCCCUGAAGUCCUAUAGUGAAUGGAAAAUGAGCGGGGCAAAUGGCGUGUGGAAAUUUGGUGGAAAUCUUAAACCCACUGUGUCUACCAAAUCUUUUGUUAGAAAAAAUUCGGACCCAUUUACUAAUUCCUUGUCAAGAACUUCAUCCAUCAAUGAAAAACAACUCAAUGUUCUUAAUUCUGACACUGAGUAUGAUAAAAUGUCGGGUUCCCAUUCUUUGAGUUCGCUUGUUCGUGCAAUUCUAUCGGAUAAGAAGCCAGAAGAAGUUCCAAUGUUGGUUGAAUCUGUUUUGAGCAAGGUUGUAGAGGAGUUUGAACAACGAAUAGCAAGCCAAGGUGAACAGGCAAAAGUAACGUCAAUUGAUCCUGUUUCUCAAAGCAAUGUGUCUUUUGUAGCAGAUAAAAAGGGGGAGAAGAAGAUUCAUAUGGUAACGAAUAAAGAGGAUGCCAUUCAUAAAAAUCAUGUCAAUGCUAUGGUAACAAAAAAAGAGCAUCACAUUGACAAAAAUCAAGUUGCUGAUGAAGAAUCGCAAAGACAACUUCUGAAGCAGAAAAUGCUCUUUGACCAGCAGCAAAGAGAAAUUCAAGAGCUAAGGCAUACUCUUCACACAACAAAAUCUGGUAUGCAGUUCAUGCAAAUGAAAUUUCAUGAGGAGUUCUCCAACCUUGGAAUGCACGUUCAUGGCUUAGCUAAUGCUGCUUCUGGAUAUCAUAGAGUUCUUGAGGAAAAUCGCAAACUAUACAAUCAAGUCCAGGAUCUUAAGGGGAGUAUUAGGGUGUAUUGUCGAGUAAGACCAUUCUUUCCUGGACAAUCAAACGAUUUGAGCGCAGUGGAAAAUAUAGAAGGUGGAACUAUCACAGUUAAUAUUCUUUCAAAGAAUGGGAAGGGACGCAGGUCCUUCAACUUCAACAAAAUCUUUGGACCAUGUGCAACCCAAGCUGAGGUCUUCUUAGACAUGCAGCCACUCGUUAGAUCUGUUCUUGAUGGCUAUAAUGUUUGCAUAUUUGCGUAUGGCCAAACAGGAUCAGGAAAAACUUACACUAUGACUGGACCAAAAGAAAUUACAGAGAAAAGCCAAGGUGUAAAUUACAGGGCUCUAAGCGAUUUGUUUCUUAUAGCGGAUCAAAGAAAGGACACUUUCCAUUAUGACGUUUCUGUUCAAAUGAUUGAAAUUUACAAUGAGCAAGUCAGGGAUCUUUUAGUCACUGAUGGAACAAACAAAAGAUAUCCUUUACCAGUAUAUUUGAUUCUCUUCGGUUUUGUAUACAACAACAGAAAAAUUCGCAGUAGUUCUCAAAAAGGACUCAGCGUGCCCGACGCAAGCCUUGUCCCUGUAUCAUCAACUAUUGAUGUUAUUGAACUAAUGAACCUUGGGCAAAGGAACCGUGCAGUUGGAGCAACAGCCCUUAAUGACCGCAGUAGCCGAUCUCAUAGUUGCUUGACUGUUCAUGUUCAAGGAAGAGAUUUGACAUCUGGAGCUAUCCUUCGUGGAUGCAUGCAUUUAGUUGACUUGGCAGGAAGUGAGAGGGUGGAUAAAUCUGAGGCCACAGGAGAUAGAUUAAAAGAGGCACAACAUAUUAACAAAUCCCUUUCAGCUUUGGGAGAUGUCAUUGCUUCUCUUGCUCAGAAAAACUCACAUGUACCCUAUAGAAAUAGUAAACUCACACAACUACUCCAAGAUUCACUUGGAGGACAGGCAAAAACUCUAAUGUUUGUUCACAUAAGUCCCGAGUAUGAUGCUAUUGGAGAAACGAUUAGUACCUUAAAAUUUGCUGAAAGAGUUGCCACUGUUGAACUUGGUGCUGCUAGAGUAAACAAAGAUAGUGCAGAUGUUAAAGAACUCAAAGAACAGAUUGCCAGCCUUAAGGCAGCACUUGCAAGAAAGGAAGGAGAAUCAGAACAUACUUUAUCCAGCAGCUCCGGAAAAUACAGGAUAAAGGGUAAUGAGCUAUCACCUUAUCAUAUGAACCAGCGAGAUACUGACACUGGGGAUCAACUUGGAUGCCGGCGACCAAUGGUUGAGGUUGGCAAUAUAGAGCUUCAGACUAAUACCAAAGUGAGGCACAAAACUCAAAGCUUUGAUUUUGAUGAGAUAUCAGCAAACUCACCACCAUGGCCCCCAGUGAACAAUAGUCUUGGACAAAACUAUGGGGAGGAUGACAAAGAAUCUGGUUCUGGAGAAUGGGUUGACAAGGUGAUGGUCAACAACAAGCAAGACGUAAACAAAACUGAGAACCUCUUGGGGUGUUGGCAAGCAAGCAAUGGGAACUUAGCUGAGGCCUUUUAUCAAAAAUAUCUCAAAGAUUCUCCCAAAAUGUACUCAGAACAAUCCUACAAUAUGUUCAUAGGAGGCAACCAGUUUAACAUUGCGGGUUCAGAUGACACGGAUGAGCUUGAUGCUGCAACCAGUGAUUCCUCAGAACCUGACUUGCUUUGGCAAUUUAAUCAUUCCAAACUCAGCAGCAUGACCAAUGGAAUUGGAUCAAAGACUACGAGAUCUAUCUCAAAGUCAGCAAAAAGCCCAGAGUUGAGCAAGAAUGGUGUUCAAUCUUCUCCUUUGGGUCCUUCACCUUCAUUGAAACAGUCAAAUGGGGUCUCACAUCGAACAGGAAGGCAUCCGGCUCCAGUUGACGUGAAACGUAGAACCGGGAGUAGAAAAUGA